AUGACUUCUAUAACCUUUGGUCCAUCAAACUCUGGCCUCCAGGCUGGUAUUGUGAAUGGCACGGUUAAUGCGCAGUUCCAUCUUCCUGCGGCGACCGGACACUCCCCCGCCCCGCUUUCAACGGUUCCAUUUCGUCGUGACCCUGACUUUGUUAGUCGUGAGACGUUACUUGACCAGUUACAUAAAAAGGGCUUAGUGCCCGGGUCUCGUAUUGCACUGGUCAGCCUAGGUGGUGUUGGAAAAUCGCAACUUGCUAUCGAGUAUUGUUGUCAAAUUCGAGAUGAAUCUGCCGAGACGUGGGUUUUCUGGAUUCACGCGAGUAAUGCAAAUCGGUUUAUGCAAAGCUGCCGAGAGAUUGCCAACCGAGUCAAGAUCUUCGGCCGCCAGAACCCUCAGGCGAACAUCUUAGAACUCCUUCUGGAUUGGCUACAGAAUGAGAAGCACAGAUGGGUUCUCGUCCUUGAUAAUUUAGAUGAUGACCAAUUCCUUCAUCAAACCCCUCAGACUAGGACGCUAGCUCAAUCGAUCUGGGCGUACUUCUCUCAGAUAUCAAGAGGCUCUAUCGUUAUCACAAGUCGGAGUCGGCGUGUGGCCUUACGAUUAGUGGAAGACGAAGAUGUUAUUUCGGUCGAACCAAUGGACAAAACGCAAGCAUUCGCACUUUUUGAAAAAAAGCUCGGCGCCCAAUCCAAUAAGGAAGAUAUUAUUCAGUUAAUCGCAGCACUUGAGUUUAUGCCGCUUGCGAUUGCACAAGCAGCGGCGUAUAUAAGACAAAGAGCACCACGAGAGUCGGUCCAACAAUACCUCAAAAAGUUCCAGAAGAGCGACCGCCAGAAGAUCAGUCUCCUUGAUUAUGAAGGGGGUCAUCUCCGUCGAGAUCUAGAGUCCAAGAACUCGAUCCUCAUCACCUGGCAAAUUUCAUUCGAUUACAUCCAAAGAAUCAGGCCAAAAUCGGCAGACUUGUUAUCUCUUAUGAGCUUCUUUGAUCGACAAGGUAUUCCUGAUUAUAUACUCCGAGAGAAUAAACAGGACAAAAGCGAAAGUGUACCUGAUGAGGUCGAUAUACUUGAAGACAAUAUCCUAGUACUAAGAGACUUCUCGAUGAUCUCCGUCAGUACAGAUGGACAGAACUUUCAAAUGCACCGACUCAUCCAACUCUCUAUCCAAGAGUGGCUUAAGGCACAUAAACUGCUUGAGCGAUGGCAAGAAGACUUUAUACAACGACUUUGUGAUAAUUUUCCUGAUGGUGAAUUUCAGAACUGGCCGACCUGUCAAUUACUAUUCGCUCAUGUGCUAUAUGCUCUAGAACAACGGCCUAACACCGAAUCCCUAUUAGAAGAAUGGGCCUCACUGCUAUAUAGAGCGGCACGGUUUGCAAAUGGUAUAGGGAAUUUCGUCGAUAGCAAAAUAAUGGCACGGAAGUCAAUAGAAGUGAGGAAUAAGUUAUUCGGUCAACGGAGUCAAAAGAGCCUUGAUAGUUUAGGAGUGUUAGGGCUAUCACUUAUGUAUGGGGGUGAAUGGAAGAAAGCUGAAGAGGUCCAACUACAGUUGACGGAGACAAGCAGGCAGGUGCGUGGGUCAGAACAUCCUGAUACUCUAGCAAGUAUAGUCAACCUAGCGUCGACCUACUCGGCUCAGGGACGAUGGAAGGAAGCCGAAGAGCUUGAGGUUCGGGUGGUCGAGAUGUGUAAGCAGGUGCUUGGGCCAGAGGAUCCCGAUACUUUGACCAGUAUGGCCAACCUAGCAUCGACUUACCGAUACCAGGGACGAUGGAAAGAAGCCGAAGAGCUUGAAGUGGAGGUGAUGGAGACAAGUAGGCAGGUGCUUGGGCCAGAGCAUCCCAACACUAUGACCAGUAUGGCCAACUUAGCAUCGACCUACCGAAACCAGGGACGAUGGAAAGAAGCCGAAGAGCUUGAGGUUCGAGUGGUGGAGAUGCGUAAGCAGGUGUUUAGACCAGAACAUCCUAAUACUCUGAACAGUAUGGCCAACCUAGCGUCGACCUACUCGGCUCAGGGACGAUUAAAGGAAGCUGAAGAGCUUGAGGUGGAAGUGAUGGAGAUAAGUAGGCAGGUGCUUAGGCCAGAACACCCCGAUACUCUGAACAGUAUGGCCAACCUAGCUUCGACCUACCGAAACCAGGGACGAUGGAAAGAAGCUGAAGAGCUUGGGGUUCGGGUGGUCGAGACGCUUAAGCAGGUGCUCGGGCCAGAACAUCCCAAUACUCUGGCCAGUAUGGCCAAUCUAGCGUCGACCUACCGAAACCAGGGACGAUGGAAAGAAGCCGAAGAGCUUGAGGUUCGGGUGGUCGAGACGCUUAAGCAGGUGCUUGGGCCAGAACAUCCUAAUACUCUGAACAGUAUGAUCAACUUAGCAUCGACCUACCGAAAUCAGGGACGAUGGAAAGAAGCCGAAGAGCUUGAGGUGGAGGUGAUGGAGACAAGUAGGCAAGUGCUUGGGCCAGAACACCCCGAUACUCUGACCAGUAUGGCCAACCUAGCUUCGACCUACCGAAACCAGGGACGAUGGAAAGAAGCUGAAGAGCUUGAGGUUCGGGUGGUCAAGAUGCGUAAGCAGGUUCUCGGGUCAGAACAUCCCAAUACUCUGGCUAGUAUGGCCAACCUAGCAUCGACCUACCGAGACCAGGGACGAUGGAAGGAAGCCGAGGAGCUUGACAUUCGGGUGGUCGAGACGCUUAAGCAGGUGCUUGGGCCAGAACACCCCAAUACUCUGACCAGUAUAGCCAACCUAGCGUCGACCUACACAAACCAGGGACGAUGGAAAGAAGCCGAAGAGCUUGAGGUGAAGGUAAUGGAGACAAGUAGGCAGGUACUUGGGCCAGAACACCCCGAUACUCUGAUCAGUAUCGCCAACCUAGCAUUGACCUACCGAAACCAGAAACGAUGGAAAGAAGCUGAAGAGCUUGAGGUUCGGGUGGUGGAGAUGCGUAAGCAGGUGCUUGGGCCAGAACAUCCCGAUACUCUGGCUAGUAUAGCCAACCUAGCAUCGACUUACUGGGAUCAGGGACGAUGGAAGGAAGCCGAGGAGCUUGAGGUUCGGGUGGUUGAGAUGUGUAAGCAGGUGCUUGGGCCAGAACACCCCAAUACUCUGACCAGUAUGGUCAACCUAGCAUCGACCUACCGAAACCAGGGACGAUGGAAAGAAGCUGAAGAGCUUGAGGUUCGGGUGGUGGAGAUGCGUAAGCAAGUGCUUAAGCCAGAACAUCCCGAUACUCUGACCAGUAUGGCCAACCUAGCGUCGACCUACUCAGCUCAGGGACGAUGGAGUGAAGCCGAAGAGCUUCAUAUUCGAAUGGUGGAAAUGCGCAAUCAGGUUCUCGGGCCAGAACAUCCUAAUACUCUGACCAGUAUGGCCAACCUAGCAUCGACCUACCGAAAACAGGGACGAUGGAAAGAAGCCGAAGAGCUUGGGGUUCAGGUGAUGGAGAUGCGUAAGCAGGUGCUCGGGCCAGAACAUCCCGACACUCUGACCAGUAUGAAUAAUUUAGCAUAUACGUUGAAGUCAUUAGGUGGGCACGACGCUGCUGAGCAGUUGAUGACAGCAUGUGCCCGACUUAGCAGUCAAAAACUCGGCCCUAACCACCCGAAUACUUUAUCUUCAAUAUCGACUCUCAAUGACUGGAGUGGGAAGAGUCACGUCUCUGCUCAAACUACCCAGGAAACGACUGACGCAGCACACGUUUCUCCUGCAAAAAAUACCAUGGCAACCGCUGAACCAGUUUCUCAACCUGACCAACAUCGCAGACGAGCAAUUUUCUCCCGUCUCUUCCGAAAAAAGUGA